AUGGGUGGCCUCGGCGAGGUUCUGUAUUACCUAUUCCACCCAAACCAGUUACGGUCCAUCGUACAAUGGAAAGUUUGGCAUGAGCCGGUUCAUAGGCGUGAUCCCGCCAAAGAGGCGCCCACUCUACGAUCAUGUUUUCACUUCCUGAACAUGACUAGCCGCAGCUUUUCCACUGUCAUUCAAGAGCUACAACCUGAAAUGCUGGUCCCUAUCGCUCUGUUUUAUCUCGUGCUGAGGGGAUUGGACACCAUCGAGGAUGACAUGACCAUUCCGCUAAAGACAAAAGAGCCCAUGUUACGCGACUUCGACAAGUACUUGAAAGUUGAUGGCUGGAACUUCAAUGGGAACGGCCCUAAUGAGAAGGAUCGUGAGCUCCUCGUUCACUUCGACGAUGUGAUCGCAGAGAUGAGGAAGAUCGACAAGAAGUACUAUGAUAUCAUCGAAGAUAUUACCAUUAAGAUGGGUAAUGGUAUGGCUGACUACGCCGUGAACGCUGAGUUCCAAGAAGGUGUCAAGUCGCUUGAGCAGUAUGAGGAAUACUGUCAUUAUGUUGCUGGUUUGGUCGGGGAGGGCUUAACUCGCAUCUUCGUACAAGGCAAUACGGCGAACCCCGCUCUACUCGACCGCAUGGAGCUGUCUGAGAGCAUGGGCCAAUUCUUACAAAAGACCAAUAUCAUCCGUGAUGUGCACGAGGAUUUCGAAGACAAGCGCAGGUUCUGGCCUAAGGACGUCUGGAGCAAGUAUGUUGACAACUGGGAUGAUUUAUUCAACCCAAAGUACCGUACGCAGGCUCUUCAGUGCAGUUCUGAGAUGGUUCUCAACGCUUUAAAGCAUGCUGAUGAAUGUCUAUUUUAUAUGGCUGGUAUCAAGGAGCAGAGCGUUUUCAACUUCGUCGCAAUUCCACAGACCAUGGCUAUCGCCACCCUCGAGCUCGUUUUUCAGAAUCCUAAGAUCUUCUAUAGUCACAUUAAGAUAACAAAGGGUGACGCUUGCAACCUAAUGAUGCAAUCAACGCAAAAUCUGCGAGUCGUUUGCGAAGUAUUCAAGGGAUAUGCAAGGAGGAUAGCGAAGAAGAACGACCCAAGAGACCCUCACUACCUUGAGAUAAGCGUGGCUUGUGGCAAGAUUGAGCAAUUCAUUGAAACUCUAUUCCCAACACAAGACGCAAAGAAGCUGCAGGCUGUGCAGGAAGCGGAGGGCGAGGUACAAGACGCUGCCUCGAAUGAUUUCUGGGAAGCCUUAUUAUUGGUCGGAUCUGUUGUAUUCGUGCUUCUAUUAGUUUCCGGUCUGAUGCUUGGUUUGGCGUGGUAUAUGGGAGCGAGGUUUGACGUGAUAUUCGAUAAAUCAGCCGCAUCUAGUUUAAGAGAUGCGGCCAAGGCGACAGUUACGACAACCACGACACAACUAGCUCACGAGGAGUUAUAA